AUGAAGCAGAAGCGCUGGUGUGGGAUGACUGCCAAGAUAGGGACCACACUGUCAGGAGUCUUCUCCAUCAUAGUCACCCACUUGUACCUCAUCUUUGAGCAGAAGCACCUGGAGGAUGGCAACUGCACGGCGAUUAGCCCCCAGGACCACAGGGGCCUGAAGAACAUGCUAAGCCAUUUCAUCAUCUGUUGGAGUUUUAGAAUCAUUAUUUUCCAGUGUUUCAUCACCAUGAUCAUCAGCUUCCUCCUCCUGUACUCUGUGUAUGCCCAGAUCUAUAGGGGCCUGCUCAUCUACAUCGCAUGGAUCUUUAUCUAUGAGACGGUCAACUUGACCAUCCAGAUCCUCAUCAAUGACUUCAGCAUAGAGGAGGUCAGAUUCGUGCGCUGGAGCGGCCUGGUAUGCCGGACCUUCUUGCAUGGCUUCUGGAUGUUCUUCGUCUUCAACUACAUGCGAAUCAUCUACAAAAGUCAAAAGCAGGGCAACAUCAUCUGCUACAACAGACGCAUGUCAGUGGCGAGUGCUGAAUCUCCACGACGGAAAUCGAAGAUUAUAAGCUUCGUCCAUCACUUAUAA